AUGUCAGCGUCGCUCGUCGCCUACCUGCUCGUCGCCGUCGCGGUAGGCGUCGUCGCGUGGGAUCCCACCAGGCAGGACAUCACGACCGUCUUAAACAAGACUGUGUGUCCGAUCAAAGUGGACAUCGACGAAGACCCGAAGCGGAUCCCGAAGAGCAUCAAAGUGUUUAAAUGUCAAAAGGACCCUAACCUGUGGUGCUCCAAGAUGAACAUACCUAAGAACGAGUGCUGCCAGACCCAUCACGACAACGUGAAAUUGGAGUGCGUGGAGAUCACGGACUGGGUGCAGGUAUACUACCCGGAGAGCAAGGAGACGCAGACGUACCCCUUGUCGGUGGGUUGCGCCUGCGUGAUAGAGGAGGCGCCCUUGCUGGACAAUCCAAGCCCCGCCAGGCGAGCCAACGCGCCUCCGCCCGCCCUCCCCUCUCUCUAG